CUUUUAUUUUCAUUUCCCCCCUUAAAAAACACAGCUAAGCCCAUUUCUUCUUAUUCUCAAAACGAAAAAAAUAAAAAGCAUCACUCAAAGAGAAGAAUUAGGUAAAAAAAACAAAUUUCUCACGAGUUAGAAGAAGAAAUGGCAAGGAAGAGAGUGGAGGCUGAGUCUACAGAUGGGUCUGUUGAUGCCAAUACUACCACUUCACUUGUUCGUGCGAAAGAUGGCAGUGCUUUUACUAAGUGUGAGGAGUGCAAGAAGGAUGUGCCAGUGGCUCUUAUAAGUUUCCACAGCUGUAGCCUUGAUGCUAAGAUCAAGAUGAAUUUGGAGGCUCAAGUUGUUGAAAAGCCAACUGAAGCUAAGCAGAAACCAGCUGAGAGGAAGAAAGGAAGUUCAACUGAGCCAAAAUUGAAGAAAGCUAAAAAAGAAAAGAAGGGCAGGGAUCCAAAUGCACCGAAACGCCCUCCCACUGCAUUCUUUCUCUUUAUGGAUGACUUUAGGAAGGAAUACAAGGAAGCGAACCCGGACUCUAAGGAUGUUAAGAAGGUUGCGAAGGAAGGUGGUGUGAGAUGGAAGUCAAUGACCGAUGAAGAGAAGAAGCAAUAUGUGGAUAAGGCUGCUGAGCUCAAGGCAGAGAAUGACAAGGCAUUGGAGAGUGACAACGCUGAAAAUGAAGAUGACGAAGGGGUUUCUUCAGAGAAGGAAGUAGCCGAUCUUGAACUGCGAGAUAAAGAGGAGGAAAUUUGAAAGUGUUUAUUUUGUAGUUCUGUUUUCUGGUAGUGAGUCUGCCUAGUUGCCUUGUAAAUUUUGGAUCUGCUUUGGUUAACUGGUAUGGAAUUUGUUUAGAGCAAUGCAAUCUUGGUGUUUUUAAGUA